UGCGAUUUUGAGCGUGUUGUUAACGGACGACCAUCGAAACAUGGAGCUGAUAGGAGUCCUUGUUUUAGUACUGUGUGUCCUUUCAUUGGGCUCGCAGGGAGCUGUCCACGAUGAGUUGGGGCAGUGCGGUCUACAUGGUGUCUACAGACAGCGACAGAGUCUCGUGGAAUCGCCCAAUUAUCCGGACAACUAUCCGGUGAACACCUGCUGGGAUUAUGUGGUGCGAUCACCCUACCGUUGCCCCACAAAGUUUCACAUACAAUUCCUGGACUUUAAGCUGGAACUCUCGGAGAAUUGCAGUCGCGAUUAUUUGGCCAUUGGGCUGAACAAUGAUGGCGAUGAUAUGGACAUUUUGUGCGGCCAAGUGCUGGGCAUCAAGAAGUAUCACACACCCGAUGGAGUCCUGCGUCUCCGCUUCCUCAGCGACGAUUCGCCUUGGACAACGAACGGUGGCUUCCGGCUGCUCAUCACACGUUUGGCCUGCGAAAGGGAGGAUUUGGUAGCCAGGGGUCUGGAUGGCGAUGGCGAUGACGAGGAGGAUGUGGAUGGGGACACGGUGCAGGUGAACGCCAAGUCACCGCCGAAGAAGCUGCUCACCCAGCACCAUCAUCACCAGCAACAGCAACAUGGACAGCAGGAGCCAUUGUUCAACUACACGCAGCCAAAUCGAGGAGCUUUCAACUGGGGUCUGCCACCGAAUCUCGGUUAUCCUGUUGGAUUUUAUCCUCCGCCAGCUGGCUUGCCUCCUCAGCAAUCACCACCUUGUGCACCCCAGCAGCAGCAACAAUUUCUGCAACAGCAACAGGAACAACAGCGUUUCCUGCAACAGCAACAGCAGCAAUAUCUGCAGCAACAACUACAGCAACAGCAAUUUCAACUUCCACAGCAGCAACAGCAACUUCAGCAACAGAUCCUGCAGCAACAGCAACUUCAACAACAGAUCCUGCAGCAGCAGCAGCAACAGCUGCAACACCCACAGCAACAACAGCAAUUGCAACAGCCACAGCAACUUCAGCUACCCCAGCAGCAACAGCAGCAAGAAUUGCCACUGAUUUCCGACCAAUAUCAGACCACAUCCUUUCAACCGCAUGCUGUAACCCUCAAGGACUACGAUUCCCAGACGUUGCAGCAGUUUGGAGGUCAACUGGAUCUCUGCUGUGCCAGCAGCUUUAAUCAGAAUCACUUUUAUCUCUCCAGUCCGGGAUUUCCAAGGACUGUUUUGAACUAUCUGCUGCCCAGUCAGCAAAGAGAUUGUGUCUUCUACAUAGAGAAAAGCUCUCCGAAUGUCUGCCGCUUGAGGAUACAAUUCAAAUUCUUUGAUUUUGGACAGAAUUCAGGAGGGCUUGGCGGUGGAUUCGGAGGAGGAGGAGUUUCGGGAGGAUUGGGAGCCGGAUUCAGUGGCGGUUUUGGGGGACAACAAGCCUGCAAUGGAGACUUCUUGGAGCUUGAUGGUCAGCGAUAUUGCGGCUGUCGUUCGGGUUAUGUCCACAAAUCGCAUUGGGAUCAGGGUCGCAAGGCGCUGCGCAUGCGCAUCGGGCAGUCGAGCAGUACCACCUCCAAUGGCUUCCUGCUGGAGGUGUUCCAGGAUCAGGACUCCGAUGGUUGUCGGCAGGAUUCUGCCCCAGGAUUUGGAUUGGGCUUGCAGCAGCAGCCACAACAGCAACUACAACCUCAAAGGGGUUUGGGCUUGUGGCCUCAAGUGGGAUUGCAACCUCAGUUGGGAUUGCAGCCUCAAUUGGGUUUGCAGCCUCAAUUGGGAUUACCCCCACAAACCCCUCAAAUAUGGCCUAUGCAGACUGGAUAUCCUGGCUAUGUCAAUGGUUAUCCUUUACCCUUCACGGCCACUCCUUACCGAUCGGCCAGAAGGAUUUCCUAUGCCCGUGGCAUCGAUGCUCAGCAGCCUUCGAGAGUGGUGGAAACAAACUCGACCCGCAAGGAAUUUUACUACUUCGAUGGCGAUGAGGCCUUUGCUCGUUCCGCUUUGGAGGAUGAGGACGAGGACAAGGCACACUUGGGGGUCACAACCCAGCCACAGUCUCAGUCAAAAACGCAAUCCAAAACCGAAUCCCCAGUGGUCACAAAAGCCUUCGAGCAGAGCAGUUGCUCCUUUGACUAUAUGGAGGUCCUUAAACUUUCGGUGGACACUCUCUGGUUGACCAAGCCCCUGUGCUUUUCGCCUUUAAGAAGUUGGUUUCCCAACAUAUUUGGCUAACAGAGAAAUAAACCCGAAUUAUUUAAUGUAGCCGAAGUAUUGUUUUAUUAAGUGGAUACGCAAUAAAAAAAACUAGACAAA